AUGGCUGUUGUCAACGUUGAUUGUACAAUACGUAUUGGUUAUAUUUACAAUGCAACAUACGUUUCCACCAAUAUUACUGCUGUCAUAGCGUACAAUAAUUCAUGCUCUGAAUGUAUUUGCUAUGGAUUUUUAUCAACUGUACCUUCAUUGUAUGCAGGAAUGAACUGCUAUACAAAUAAUAAAACGUGUGCAUUAUUUGGUAGUUAUUUAUCAUUAUCGGCAAUCAAGAUUGAUCUUAAUUCAAUAUUUAUAUUUAUACAACAACCUUUAUCACAAAAUACAACAACGGAAUCGAUCGCGUCAUCAUCAUCGACAUCGACAAUUGCAUCAACAACGUCACCAUCAACGACUGUAUCGACCACGUUAUCACCAACAACAUUGACGACUGUAUCAACAACGUCACCAACAAUAUCAACAGCUGCAUCAACAAUAUCACCAUCAACAACGUCGACAACUACAUCAGCAACGUCAUCACCAACACUAACAACAGGCACAUCAACAACGUCACCAACAACAACAUCGAUAACUGCAUCAACAAUGCCAUCACCAACAACGGUUAUAUCAACAACGGCUAUAUCAACAACGUCACUACUAACAACAUCAACGACUGUAUCAACAACCACUGCUCCGUGCACCAAUAGAUUUCCGACACAAGUGACGUAUUCGACUGGUGUUGGCUCUGGACCGUACCCUGUUACAGUAGGUGAUGUCGAUGCAGACGGCACGCCCGACAUUAUUGUCACAAACUACAAAAUAGGCACAGUCGGUGUCCUUCUUAACGCAGGCAAUGGCACAUUUUUGGCACAAGUGGCCUAUCCGACUGGUAUUACUUAUGACACAUGGUCAGUGUCACUAGCUGAUAUGAAUGGAGACAGCAAACUCGACAUUGUUGUUGGAAACGCCGCUUCAAACAAUAUCGGUAUUCUCCUUAACACAGGUAAUGGUACGUUUGGUGCUCAAAUCACCUAUUCGACCGGCAGUGGUUCUCAUCCGUAUUCCGUGGUAGCAGUUGAUGUCGACGGAGAUAGCAAACCUGAUAUUAUUGCCGCAAACUACUAUUUAGGCAAUAUCGGUAUUCUCCUUAACACAGGCAAUGGUACGUUUAGUGCUCAAGUAACCUAUUCAGUUGGUAGUAGUCCAUUUUCUAUUACAACAGCCGAUGUCAAUGGAGAUGGCAAACCCGAUAUUAUUGUCGCAAAUACCGGUUCAGACAACGUCGGUGUCCUCUUCAACAUAGGUAAUGGUACAUUUGGUGCUCAAGUCACCUAUUCAACCGGCAAUGGUUCUGAACCAUAUUCAGUGGUAGCAAUUGAUGUCAAUGGAGAUAACAAGCCUGAUAUUAUUACCGCAAACUACAAUGCAUUCAACGUCGGUGUCUUCCUCAAUACAGGCAAUGGUACGUUUGUUGCUCAAGUCACCUAUUCAACUGGUGCUAGCUCUUACCCAUAUUACGUGUCAGCUGGGGAUGUUAAUGGUGACAGCUAUGCUGACAUUGUUGUUGCAAACUAUUGGGCAGAUAACGUCGGUGUUCUCCUCAACACAGGCAAUGGUACAUUUACUGUUCAAGUGGCUUAUUCAACCGGCUCUUGGUCGGAACCGUACUCUGUGAGAGUUGCCGAUGUCAAUGCGGACGGCACACUCGAUAUCAUUGCCGGCAACUAUUAUGCAGACAAUAUCGGUGUUUUCUUAUCAAAUUGCGGCUGA